AUGGUUGCUGAUAAAUCUUUUGAACUUCAUUAGUGUUUUUAAGAUGUCCUUAUUCUACUCUAUCCGAAUUAAUUACAGGCUACCCUCCUCGACGUAGAGCUGGCCUCAAUCCUACAACUUCGAAGACAAUGGCUAGGUUCUAUUAUUCUAAGAGCUUUAGUUUGCUAUCAUUCAUGUAACGCAAUGAUCGAUUUUCUAAUUUAAGAAAAUAUAAAUACAUGUGGAUUGAAGAAUGAGUACAAAAUCUCUAACUAUGGUGUAGAAAUAGUAUUCAAUUAGAUUCCAUAUGAUUGCAGUUAUAAUGAGAGCGACAAAUAUGUCAAGUACACAGGUUAUUACAUCUUUAAAAAUGAGGGUGCAGUUGAUGAUGGGGACGAUCAAUCGAUCAAGUAUGUUGAAGCAUAUACUUAAGACUUUCAACUUUCUAUAGAUGAAGAUUGGUUUUUUGUUUUGCUGUUUUAAUGCUCUCAUAUUAAUGUAUAAAGCAACGGAGGACUGGAAUACUAUGAUGAUAAUGUCCAUGAUGGAUAUGAUAAGAGAAAGGGAGGAGUCUUUUUAAAACAUGAAGGCACAUGCCACAGUUCCUAGAAAUAAUAAUGGUUGUAGUUGAAACCCCAAAUGAUUCUGCUAAUGUCUAGAUAGACAAUCAUUAGAAAUGCUUUUUGA